AUGCCUUAUUGUCAGAAGAGUCAGCUCUGCAAGCUUGAGGAUGGCCUUUGGGCCCAAAGAGAGGAACCGUCCCUGGUGGAUGCACAGGUUCCUGGUGAUGAGGAAGACAUGGAGGUCUUCUUCUUCACCACCUCUUCCUCUACCUCCUCUUCCUCCAACUCCUCUGCCUCCACCUCUCCUCUGAUCCCAGGCACCCCGGAGGAGGUGCCUGCGGCUAGAACACCAAGUCCUCCCCCGAGUCCUCAGAAUGUCUCCUCAUCCCCCACUGCCAUUGCCUCCACUCCAUGGAGCCAGUCAAAUGAGGGCCCCAGCAGCCAAGGAGAAGAGGGCCCGAGCACCUCGCAGGAUGCGGAAGUCCCUGAGUCCUUGCUCCAGGAUGUACCACGGGAGAAGCUGAGUGAUUUGCUUAAUUUCCUGCUCCUCAAGUAUCGAAUGAAGGAGCCGAUCACAAAGGAAGAAAUGCUGAAUGGUGUCCUCAAAAGUUACGAGGACCAAUUCCCUGCCAUCUUCAGCAGAGUCUCUGAGUGCCUGGAGCUGGUCUAUGGCAUUGAAGUGAAGGAAGUGGAUCCUGCCGGCCAUGCCUACAGCCUCAGCAUCUGCCUGGGCCUCACCUACGAUGGGAUGCAGAGUGAUGACCAGAGCCUGCCCAAGACCGGCCUCCUGAUCAUCAUCCUGGGCUUGAUCUUCAUGGAGGGCAACUGCACCUCCGAGGAGAUCGUGUGGGAGGCGCUGAGUGUGCUGGGGGUGUGUCCUGGGAGCGAGCACUCCAUCUAUGGGGAGCCCAGGAAGCUCAUCACUGAAGAUUGGGUGCAGGAAAACUACCUGGAGUACCGGCAGGUGCCCGACAGUGAUCCUGCACGCUAUGAGUUCCUGUGGGGCCCACGUGCCCACGCUGAAACCACCAAGAUGAAAGUCCUGGAGCAUUUGGCCAAGUUCAGUAGUACCGUCCCCAGUUCAUUCCCGUACUUGUAUGAGGAGGCUUUGAGAGAUGAGGAAGAGAGAGCCCAGGCCGGAAUUGCCACCAUAAAUGGCACUUCCGCCACGGCCAGUACCAGUGCUAGUGGCACACGUUAAAGUUUCUCUAACCCCAAAUGA